GAGUCCACGGCCUGGCAGUGCGGCGGGAGCUGGCGCGGAGUUUCGCCACACUUCGGGAUUCGGACGGUUUGGGAAUUAGACCGUGGGAAAGGUCCACCGUGGGAAAGUGAGAGUAAGCCGGUCAGGCGAGCAUUGAUCGUGUGAGCAUGUGCAAUCUGCGGCGCACUUGCAGGCAAAGAGGAACGAGCGACGGAGCAGCCGUGUCUCGUCUCGAGACGCGACGGCAAUCUGACGCCGCACGCUCGACGCGGCCGACGGCGAUCAUCCAGCUCACCGGCUGGUCAUGUGCAAGCUGCUUAGCGCCAGGUGCCAGGUCCCAUUCAGCUGUGGCGUUGGGCACUCUCGCCGAGCCUGGCGUAGAUAUGAUAUGAGCGCGAGGCACUAGAAGGAGAGAUGCCUUCCCGUAGCUU